CAAGAGACUUUCAAGCUUUAGUUGGUAAAACCGUAAAGUUAAUCACCGCAACCAUACAAAUCCAAAGUCAAACUAACAUUCUCUCGCCAUCACUCUCCUUCCAGUUCCAAUUUUAUCUCUAACGUCCGCGAUUCUCUUGCAAUUUCCGUCUUUAAAUCCCAACAUUCUUUUCCUUCCAUUUCAUCUUUCCUUUGAAACUUUAGCCUUUUGCAAUUUCCUUUUGCCAAUGUGGCUGAACCAUGAAUGUGCUUCUAUCGGCAGAAUCAAUAGAUUUUAUAAUGAGUGCAACGGCCGUUUCAGCAUCUGCCUGUGGAAAAUUUUCAUUGAUUGCUUCAGCUGCUUUGGAUUAUUUCGUUACAACAGCUCAACCAAAGGACCCUGGCAGCAGCAGCAGCAGAUGGGUCCGGUGGUGGCAGCCGGCAGCAGCAGCAGAGCAGAUGGCUUUGGCUGAACAGCAGCAGCAGCAGAUGGGUCCGGUGGUGGCAGCAGCAUAUGGUCCGGCAGCAACAGCAGAUGACUCCGGUGGCAGCAGCAGCAGCAGCAACAGCAGGGAAACUGAAGGUGAGAUGGACGUGAGAGAUGUGUGAAGCUGCAGUUAAAGAGAUUGAGUGAUGGGAAUUAAAAUAAAUUAGGGUUAGGGUUAGGGGAAUGGGUUGGGUUGGGUUGGGUUGGGAGUUGGGUUGGGUUGGAUAGUAUUGGGUUAAAUUUAAUUGUAAUUGGAUUAAAUUUGGGUUUGGGUUUAAAGAAUAAAUUAAUUUUAAAAUA